AUGGCGGUAUUAGGGAACCCCGACAUGCUGACGAGGAAGAUCAAGCUCUGUCACAUCAACGCCCACAUCACGUGUCGGCUGUGCGACGGCUACCUGAUCGACGCCACCACCGUCACGGAGUGUUUGCACACGUUCUGUCGAAGCUGCCUUGUGAAGUACCUAGAAGAGAACAACACAUGUCCCACAUGCAGAAUUGUUAUUCAUCAGAGCCAUCCACUGCAGUACAUUGGCCAUGACAGAACAAUGCAAGAUAUUGUUUAUAAGUUGGUACCUGGUCUUCAAGAGGCGGAGAUAAAGAAGCAGCGAGACUUCUACCAGAAGUUGGGCAUGGAGGUCCCUGGUGACAUUAAAGGAGAGCUGUGCAACAUGAAGACGCAUCUGGAUCAGCGAAACGGAGACAGUAAACCUGAGGACACACCCAAUAAGGAAGGAGAGGAGAAAGCAGAGGAGGACAACGACUAUCACCGUAGCGAUGAGCAGGUAAGCAUAUGCCUGGAGUGCAACAGCAGCAAACUCCGAGGCCUGAAACGUAAGUGGAUCCGCUGCUCGGCGCAGGCCACAGUCCUCCACCUCAAGAAGUUCAUAGCCAAAAAGCUCAACCUGACCUCCUUUAAUGAGUUGGAUAUUUUAUGCAAUGAGGAAAUACUAGGCAAGGACCACACGUUGAAAUUUGUCGUUGUGACGAGAUGGAGAUUUAAGAAAUCUCCCCUCCUGCUCCAUUACAGACCUAAGAUGGAUCUGCUGUAG